GAGCCUUUAAGCCCGUGGACUGCUUUGUCUAGGGCUCGGGGAUAAAGCACCCCCCACUUCCCUCACAGCUUACCCUCACGCCGCCGCCGCCCGCCGCCUCGCUGCAACCGUCUCCGGCGCUCGAAGAUGGCGGUGCCGCUGCUGACGACGAAGAUCGUGAAGAAGCGGGUCAAGCAGUUCAAGAGGCCGCACACCGACCGCUACAAGUGCCUCAAGCCAAGCUGGCGCAGGCCAAAGGGUAUUGACUCCCGUGUUAGGAGGAAGUUCAAGGGAUGCACCUUGAUGCCCAACAUUGGAUAUGGUUCUGACAAGAAGACCAGGCACUACCUGCCCAACAAGUUUAAGAAGUUUGUGGUGCACAAUGUUUCUGAGCUGGAGCUGCUUAUGAUGCACAACAGGACAUACUGUGCUGAAAUCGCUCACAACGUGUCCACAAAGAAGCGCAAGGAGAUAGUGGAGCGAGCUGCACAGCUUGACAUUGUGGUCACCAACAGGCUUGCCCGUAUUCGCAGCCAGGAGGACGAGUAAAAUUUUUGAAAUAGUUUUGGAUUGGUUCACCUGUAGUAGACUUACUCAGCAAUCUGCAUCAUGAAAUAUGUUCCUCUUUCUGUUUGCUUCAUGAUUUGGAAAAUUGUGAACCAACUUGCUUUUGGUAGCGACUUGACAGUGCCAAUGUUACUAUUAUUGUCCUAUCUCAAAUACAGCAGUUUUGAUGUUGAAGAA